AUGACCAAUAGCAGUGUCAACGGAGACUUCAUCCUGGCAGGCUUCUCUGACCAGCCCUGGCUGGAAAAGAUACUCUUCCUGGUUGUUUUGAUAUCUUAUCUCCUUACUCUUGUGGGAAAUACAAUAAUUAUUCUCAUCUCCUCAGUAGACCCUAAACUCAAAACACCCAUGUACUUCUUUCUUACUCACCUAUCCCUAGUUGAUAUCUGUUUUACCACCAGUAUUGUCCCCCAGCUGCUGUGGAACCUAAAAGGACCAGCCAAGACCAUCACAUCCCUGGGUUGUGCCAUCCAGCUCUAUGUGUCCCUGGCACUGGGCUCCACUGAGUGUGUCCUCCUGGCAGUAAUGGCUUUUGAUCGCUAUGCUGCAGUUUGCAAACCUCUCCACUACACAGCUGUGAUGAACCGAAGGCUCUGCCAGGCUCUGACAGGGGUUGCGUGGCUGAGUGGAGCAGGAAACACUCUCAUCCAGGGCACUGUCACCCUCCGCCUGCCUCGCUGUGGACACCGGUGGCUCCAUCAUUUCUUCUGUGAGGUACCCUCCAUGAUUAAACUUGCAUGUGUGGACAUCAGGGCCAACGAGGUCCAGCUCUUCAUUGCUUCAUUGGUCUUGCUCCUGUUGCCCUUAGCACUGAUACUGCUGUCUUAUGGAUAUAUAGCCAAGGCAGUUCUGAGGAUCAAAUCAUCCCAGGCCUGGGGCAAAGCCAUGGGGACAUGUGGAUCCCACCUGAUGGUAGUGUCCCUUUUCUAUGGGACCAUCACAGCUGUCUACAUCCAGCCUAACAGUUCCUAUGCCCAUACUCAUGGGAAAUUCAUCUCCCUCUUCUAUACAGUUGUGACCCCGACUCUGAAUCCCCUCAUCUACACACUGAGGAAUAAAGAUGUGAAAGGAGCACUAGGGAGACUAUUUUGCAGAGACCCAGGCACAUGA